UUCUAUUACACGAAAUAAUUUUGAAGGAAAAAAAUAUAUAAAAAAUAAAAAGGAAAAAUGCAAUCGGGAAGAAACGCGGCGGAGGCUGCGAAAGAAUCGGCCGCCAACGUGGGGGCCUCUGCCAAAGCUGGCAUGGAAAAAGCCAAAGCGUCUGCUCAAGAAAAGGUGGACAAAAUGCGGGCCCACGAUCCAAUUGAGAAAGACAUGGCGAGAGAAAGGAAAGAAGAGAGGAUUCAGGAGGCUGAGCUGGACAAGCAGCAGGCGCGUGCAGAACACGCAGCAGACAGGCAGACCGGUACAGGACCCGGAACCCGUGUCGGGUUGGGAACCGGAACCGGAACGGGAACCGGAACCCACACCUAUGACCCGACCGUGGGAAGAUAAGGCGCGUGGCCCUUCGUCUGAUGUGGUCACUAGCUAUAUGAAUGUGGCUUUGCUUUGGUUUUCUUCUUUAUUUUAAUAAUUAAUAUCGUUGUUGAUUAUGGGUUCUCUGUGUAUGUGUAUUUUAUCAAAUAAAAUUAUGGUUAAAUUUUAGUUCUUGUUUUUAA